AUGUGGAGCCCCAAUGGGGACGAUAGGGACGCCCUCCUGAUCCAAAUCGGUGAGUGCAAAGGGCGCAUAGCGCACCUAGAGGACACGCUGCGCGACCGAGACGUGGAUCUCGCGGUGGAACGCCACCGUAGAGAAGACGCUCAGCAGCGUCUAAAGGCGCAAGAGCAGCUGGAGAACGAGGUCACUGACCUCAGAAGAAUGCUGGCCAGUGAGCGUGCCGCUCACGCCAAGACGUGUGAGACGGCCUGGGUCCAAUCCCAGAUGAUCCAAGGUAUUUACGGCUUCUCAAACCAUAGCCAGGCGUCUAAUCCGCCUCUUGCAGCCUCGUUUGGCCCCCAAACCGCCUUCCCAAGGGAAACUUACGGCCAAUCAGGCCUGCAGCAGCAGCAGCCUCCUUCUUUGGAGGUAGUUCCAUACGUCAGACCACCCUCCUCCGCCCACACUCCCCCCACUGCCUCUCCUCACUACAACCCUUUUCAUCCGCGCAUCACACCUCCGCCAGGAGCUUUCUCUACAAAUCCCAAUCCAUUCAUAGGCAAUAUACCUGGCUUCCCUCUUCCAACAACCCCUUUCGCCCCUCUACCAUUCACUCAAUAUGGAGCUCCCGCCAUUAAUCGUCCUGAUCCUGCCGCAUCAGUACGUGCGCGAAUGGCUUACACACCACAUCCUUCACAGGAGCAGAGGUUAGGAUUGACAGCCAUCCUGAAACAUUUCUAUGACAGGGUCGAGUCAUUCGCUCAGCGCCGAGUAAACGUACCAGACCAGGAGCGCGAUCAACAGCUCUCAGCAGCUCUACGGAGCGAAAUACGCAGGAUCAACCAGCAAGAGGACGACAGACUCGCCAGAUCACUGCUAUGUACCUCAAAAUCUCGUUACAUCUUAAUCGCAAAGCUAAUGCUAUACCGUCUUGUGAACUUCGCUUGGCGCCCAGUCUUACUGAAAGGUUUCGCAGGGGACGACGACUACGGAAACAAGCUCAACGUAGAGUUGGGAAAGCUUCAUCACGCAAUGCCGAUGGAUGACAAGAGAGAGGGCAUGAAGCAGGUCAGCGAAUUGAUCAUCAAGAUGACGCGUGAACCCGGCUGGGAGCAGUACAUUGGCGAGACAAUCGGACGCAAAGCAGACGAGCUCUGGCGCGAAGUCCAGCCAUUGAUGCCUCCCGCCCCGCAAGCUGGAGCCUACGAAGAGCUCCUACAAUUAUGGAAGGAUGCCGCGCAGAUUGGCUUGGUGAUACACAAGAAAGUCAGCUGGUUCAAUGUUGAUUUUCCGCCUGCGGGCUUCAAUACGGCGUUCAAUCCAGGCAGCAUGAUCUCACGAGAUCCGAAUUACAAGGGGAAGUCGCCGAUGGAGCUUGCGGCUUUGGGGCUGAAAGUGAGAAUUGCGUGGACGCCGGUCAUUUGGGAACUUCCGCUUGAUGAUACUAAGAUUACGCAGCAGCAGAUUGUUUCGUUUUCGAGGGUUUUGCUUAUGCAGUGA